UAAAAACGGCAAACGGGAGGGAAGAAAAGAUGAGGCAACGAACCAAAACCAAAAGAAAAAGGUAACAGAAAUGAAGAUUGGUGGCGGUGUGUUGUACGGAGGACCUCCACGUGGCAGCGUCCUGCCACUCCUUUUCAGUAACCGCCCAUCCUCCCUCCGCUUCACCACCGCUGCUGUUGCUUCUUCUUCUUCUACUUCCCAUGUGGUUGCAGAACACGCGUCUUUUGUUAAGGACGUAGCUGCAACUCACCCUCCUCAGCAUCUCUCACAACUCUUAUCUAUCCUGAAAACCAGAGGUGAAUCUAUUAUCUCUCCCGGUGCUAAGAAAGGAUUAAUCCCCCUUGCUAUACCACUCUCAAAGAACAGCUCAGGUACUGUGACUGCGCUGUUGCGAUGGCCCACGGCUCCACCCGAGAUGGAAAUGCCGGUGGUGGAAGUCAAUAAGUAUGGAGUGUGGCUGUUAGCUAAGAGUGUAGACCAAUUUAUACACAGAAUAUUGGUUGAAGAAGAUGCAAAGAACAGUCAGGACAGAAAUGAUGAACUGUUUCAUGCCUCGGCGGAUGCUGGGGAGAAGCUUUACAGAAAGGGUGAUUUUGCAGAGUCCAAAGUUUCUAGCCUAGAUGUCUAUCUGUUGAAAAAGGUUGGUCUAUUUCCAGAUAUCUUAGAGCGCAAAGUGAUGCGACAUUUUGAGGAAGGGGAUCAUGUUUCAGCUUUGGUAACGGGGGAAUUUUAUACGAAGAAGGAGCAUUUUCCAGGAUUUGCUCGGCCAUUUGUGUUCAAUGCUGAGGUUUUGUUGAGGGUUGGGCGUAAUGCAGAAGCUAAAGAUGCUGCCAGGGGAGCUCUGAAGUCGCCGUGGUGGACUCUGGGCUGCAAAUAUCGGGAUGUUGCUAAUAUAGCACAAUGGGAAGAUGAACAAAUUGAGUAUGUCAAAGAGAAGGUCACAGAGGAGGGAAGGCAAGGAGAUAUUAAGAAGGGCAAGGCACCUGCACAGGUUGUACUGGAUGAAGCUGCUUUCCUGUUGGAUUUGGCUUCUGUGGAUGGAACUUGGGAUGACUAUUUGGAGCGGAUUGCCCAAUGUUACGACGAAGCAGGACUCAAUGAUGUCGCAAAGUUUAUACUCUACAGAGAUUAAUAUUCCUACAGAUUUGCUCCCACGCGCUGGCUGCAGUUGCUUGCCAUUUCAGCAAUUCCAACACUUCAUUUGAAGAUUUUGAUUGUAUAGUACUGGAAAAUUUACAAGAUAUUCUACAUGCUUUGACAAUUUUUGUUGAGUUUUCAUUUCAUUGAAAUAAAGUUAAGCUGACCUA